CGAAGCUUGAUGAUUCGAACUACCCUUCUUGGUCGGCCACCAUUAGAGCUAAUCUCAUGGCUCACCGUCUCCUUGGUUACGUUGAUGGUACAGAACCGGCGCCUCCCUCCCUCAUUCUUGAUGGCAAAGCCACUGCUUCGGGCAAGGAGGAUCCUCCGAUUAUGAAGGACAAUCUGGCAUAUGAAACUUGGAUGGUUGUUGAUGCCCAGAUCCGUGCAUGUUUAUUGGCCAUCGUCUCCCCCACUGUUCAAACACACAUUCAUGCUCUUCCCACAUCUGCAGCCAUAUGGACUCACCUUGAACAAAGGUAUAAUUCUCUAUCUCGCACCCAUAUUUUCCAGUUGAAAGAACGUCUCCACAGUCUUCAAAAAGGGAGUGAUUCCAUGCAAACCUAUCUUGACAAUGUCUUGAAUAUUGUUUCCUCCCUUACUCUGGCUCAUGAAAAUAUCUCGGACCAAGACGUCAUACUCUGCAUACUCCGUGGACUGCCAACGGAUUAUAGUUCCCUGAAACAGAACAUUCGAACCAAUAUUGGGAAUGUCAAUUUGAAUCAAGUCUCGACCUGGCUUCUAUCAGAAGAACUCAAUGUCAAUCUUGAGAAACAAUUACAAAUCACAGGUUCUGCCUCGUCAUCUCCUUCGGAAAUUCACAACGCCCUUUUCACAAAUUCUAGCCGGGGUAAUUUUCGCGGCCGGGGACGCGGUGGUUACCGCGGCAGGGGCAGUUCUCGAGGCGGAGGUACGUACGGCGGCAGGGGCAGCCGUCCUCCUAGUCACCAGCGGGAUGAUCACCAUGGCAGAGGGGGGCCACGGCUUGGUUCCGUCACUUGUCAGCUCUGUGGGAAGCCGGGUCACGCGGUCUGGGAUUGUUGGCACCGCUUUGAUGAGUCCUACUCCGGUCCUUCCCAGGCAUACUACACCACUCAGUCCACCGACAUCAAUUCAAACUGGCAUCUGGAUACAGGGGCAAAUGCUCAUGUGACGUAUAUUGGAGUGGGAGAUGAAGAACAAGUGCAACUUUUUUAUUACUUUAUAAAGUCGGAAUCAAAUCCGAAAGAAGACCCUCUCAUUCUUUGGAUCUCGGGAGGCCCUGGUUGUUCUCCACUGCGCGCUAUCAUUCAAGAAAUUGGACCAUUGCUUAUUGAACCAGUGGAGUCUGAUGGGAGUUUGCCCAGGUUACUGCCAUUCCCUUAUUCUUGGACAAAGGUUGCUAGCAUUAUAUUUCUGGAUUUACCAGUUGGGACUGGAUUUUCGUAUGCUACAACUUCAACUGCUUUCCAUUCCGAUGAUUUGUUGAUGGGUUCCAAUGCAUAUGAAUUUCUUCAAAAGUGGUUAGUAGAGAAUCCAGAGUUUCUUGCAAAUCCUUUCUAUGUUGGUGGCGAUUCCUACGCCGGCAUCACAGUUCCAAUCGUUACUGAAAUCAUAUCCAAUGGAAACGACAGAGGAAUUAAGCCAUUUGUUCAACUUCAGGGGUACAUACUUGGUAAUCCUACAACCUCUCUAGCUGACUUCAACAACAGAAUACCAUUUGCUCACAGAUUGGCACUCAUCUCUGACGAGUUAUACCAAGGGCUAGAAAGGGAUUGCAAAGGAGAGUAUUAUUCGGACACUGAUCCUACCAAUUUACUAUGUCAGCAACACCUACAAACCUAUAAACAGUUGAUUGAGGGAAUAUAUAGUCCCUAUAUUUUGGAGCCUGGUUGUGUGACUAGUGGUGAUGGUGAUUCUUCUUCUUCGAUAGAAGCAUCAUCAUCAGCAUCAUCAUCACCAAGACAGUUUUUUCCAAUUUUGCCCUCGGGCCAGAACAAAAGGUAUUUGUUGGACAAGUACUACAAGCAAAAACGACGGCUCAAGAAUCCGGACUUGCUUCCAGGAUUGAAAUGUCGGGAAGAUUGGAACAUACAGAUUGAGUCUUGGGCCAACGAUGAUCGUUCCCGAGAAGCCCUUCAUGUCCGUAAGGGGACGAAGGGAAAAUGGGAACAUUGUACCUCAAACUUACCCUUCACAGGCCUCGUCCGAAAUGUCAUACCGUAUCAUGCGAGGCUGAGCAGAAUGGGUUACAGGUCUCUUGUCUAUAGCGGUGAUCAUGAUAUGCUCAUUCCAUAUUUGUCAACUCAUGCAUGGAUAAAGUCGUUAAAUUAUUCUGUGAUCGACGAUUGGAGGCCAUGGAUGGUGGAAGGACAAGUUGCAGGGUAUGUACACAACGAAAUAUGCCAAUCAAAUGACAUUUGCAACCGUCAAGGGAGCAGGUCAUACGGCACCGGAAUAUCGUCCUAAAGAAUGUUUGGAGAUGUUCAAAAGAUGGAUAUCUAAUAAACAUUUAUAAUCACAAUUAGCAGCUCAUUGCACUCCACCUAAACUAAAUAAGGUUUGAAACAUUGAUCUUUGACCAUUAAGUUGCAGACAUUAUAUAUGGGGUGUUUGCUGAUAUAUCAGGUAAAAAAGAAAUAAGAAGGGUGAAUUUUUUGUUCUAAUCACAGUGCCUAUUUAUAUUAUGGUUGUGCAUGUUUGCAAUUGCAUAAAACUUCGACUUAAUUAUUUACUGAAAUGCCACAGUGUUUUUCCAGAAUUUUGCUUAUUUUU